GCAGGCCUGGGAAUUACUUUUACCAGUUCUGAAGUCUUGUCUUCCAUGGCAGGGAAGGAGUCUGCUCUGCUCUGUUUUUUGGCACUUUAAAUCUUUGUUUCCUUGUGAGCACACCUUGACUCUUAAGAUAAGGAGGAAAAAGGUGUUCUGGGCCCUGGCAUGCCACGGAUUGACAGAACCCAGCUGCCAAGGCUGUCGUGUUAUGACGACCCCCAACAAAGGAAACAAGGCCUUGAAGGUGAAGAGGGAGCCAGGCGAGAAUGGGACCAGCUUGACAGACGAGGAGCUGGUGACCAUGUCUGUGCGAGAGCUGAACCAGCACCUGCGGGGCCUGUCCAAGGAGGAGAUCAUCCAGCUGAAGCAGCGUCGGCGCACGCUGAAGAACCGGGGCUACGCGGCCAGCUGCAGAGUGAAGCGCGUUACCCAGAAGGAGGAACUGGAGAAGCAGAAGGCAGAGCUGCAGCAAGAAGUGGAGAAGCUGGCCUCAGAGAACGCCAGCAUGAAAAUGGAACUUGAUGCUCUCCGCUCCAAAUACGAGGCUCUCCAGAACUUCGCCAGAACCGUGGCCCGGAGCCCUGUGACCCCUGCACGGGGGCCUCUCACUUCCAGUAUGGGGCCCCUCGUCCCUGGCAAGGUUGCUACUACCAGUGUCAUUACAAUAGUGAAAUCCAAAACGGACGCCCGGUCUUAGUGAAGCGAGCGUUGCCUGAGCUUGUCUGUGCAGGGCAGUUAGGCACAAAACCAGCCUGGAAUCCCCAAAGCACAAGCCCUCCUCACAUGGGUCCGGGUUCCUUUCACUUGGCCCAGGACUGGCCUGCUGAUCGCUCCAGUUUAUUUUGUUGUGUCCAGAUUGGUAUGAGCAGUGGUGAUGCAUCCCUUGUCCUGUGCAGACAGAGCUUCCCACCCAGCAGUCUGUAGCCCUCGGGUGUCCUGGGGACAGACUGUGAGAUUUUGGUUUUCUACCCAAAGAAAAUCUGUGCAGCGUGGCUGAGAGAAGGGUGGAGGAGUGGCCCGAGGAAAGCUUUCUUCCUGGGGGCUGGGAACCCUAAUUUCCAGUCACUUCCAAAGGCUUUAUUUCAUGACUCUUCCAGGUGGUGCAUCUCAGCGCCUGAACCUGCUGCUUUUGUCUCCUUUGGUACCUGUAGUUACAGUUGGGGUGUUCUGUGUCCUAGGUUUUAUUCCUUUCUAGGUGUGCCUCUGUGCCCUAGCCGUGGGUUUCCCUCAGACCACGCCGUUGGCUGUGUGAGCUGGCAGUGCUGGGGGACGGCGCUGCCGCGUCCUGAGCCCCCGCAGGGAAGGAGGGAGCAGCAGGACUGUGUUGACUGCAGGCCGGUUUUGUGCCUAAUGUGUUGCACUGAACAAGACCAAAAUCACUAGUUGUUCCCGUGUUUUGAGGGUAUCAAGUGUCUCUAGUGUGAUGGUUUACACAACCAGUUUAUGUGGUUAAAUAGCCCUUUAUUUAAAGAGAGAAACAUCAUUUUAAGAAUUAUUAAAUUAUCUAAGUUUAAAAUUGGACAGAAGAGAGAGCGUAUUUAUAGUCAGCUUUUUUACCUGAGAAGGCGAGAAUAUUUGACCAUAUGAGUGGGGAAAUAUUCUCAGAGACUUUGCUAGUUAAAGUUAAUAAAUAAAUAAUUUUAAAGUUUCUCAUGAA